UAGUCAGAGAAGGCACAGGAUGGAAAACUCAUGAUGAAUUGUUAGGGCAUGUUGUUGGUUCUGUCAAUGCCUGCAGUCAGAUGAUUUCACUGGCUGUACAAGAUGAAAUCUCAUAUUUCAAUGUAUAAGUAAAAGUGGCAAAGUUCAGCUGAAGCCGGGACAAAUACGAAACAAAUUUUGUGUGUGUUUGUAACUAGGGCACCAGAGCAAUAGAGGAAGCCAAAAUGAGCCGGAAAAGCAAGAGGAGUUUAAAGGAGAAAUUUGCCUUGAAGAACAGCUUGGCUAAAGAAGCCCUCUCAGAAUUCCUGGGAACUUUUAUACUGAUACAGCGUGGUUACUGCCUGACAAACAUUGUACAGCCUUGAAUGAAUUGCUCCUGUUUCUGGCACUUGGAUGUGGGUGUGUGGGACAGGCUGUCCUUAGCCGAGGAGCCCAUGGUGGGCCCAUGACAGUAUCGCUUGGAUUUGCAAUGGCAGUCACCAUAGCAGUGUAUGUGUCUGGAGGGGUUUCUGGUGGUCACAUAAACCCAGCUGUUUCAUUAGCCAUGUGUGUGACUGGAAGAUUAAAAUGGACGAAAUUACCAAUUUACACAUUAGCACAAUUCCUGGGAGCAUUUGUUGGAGCAGCGGCUGUCUUUGGGAUUUAUUACGAUGCCUUUAUGGAGUACAGCAAUGGAAAACUCGAAGUCACAGGACCUAACGCAACAGCACAUAUCUUUGCAACAUACCCAGCUCCGUAUCUGUCCCUCAUUAAUGGAUUUGCAGAUCAGGUGAUGUCAACUGCUGUUCUUCUUCUGGCUAUAUUUGCUAUCUUUGACACCAGAAAUAACAGUGUACCAAAGGGCCUGGAGCCAAUUGUAGUAGGACUUCUUAUAGUUGUUCUUACUUGCUCCUUGGGAAUGAACAGUGGCUGUGCCAUGAACCCCGCCAGGGAUUUGGGCCCAAGGCUCUUCACAGCCAUCGCAGGAUGGGGGAUGGAAGUAUUCACAGCUGGAAAUAAUUGGUGGUGGGUCCCUGUAGUUGCACCUAUGCUGGGAGGUGUACUUGGAGCAAUGAUCUAUAUUGUUCUAAUUGAAAUUCAUCACUCAGAUACACAGCCGGUAGAAGAAAAUGAUGUGCAUGGUAAAUAUGAACUGACCAAUAUGGAGUAAGAAGAAAUUUUCUCUCUCGUUUUGUUGCACUUUUUACACAAAUGAUUUGUUUGGACCAUUUUAUAAAACCUGUAUGCCUCAAGUAGAAAUUUAUAUUUCAAUGCAGAAAAACUUCUGUAGAUUACAAGCUCAAAGGUGACCUCUUUCCAUGGAACAUGGGGGUGAUCACAUUCAAACCGGGGAAUUUGGGGUAGGAAGGGUAAAUUCUUAUUUUCAUAUGGCUUUCAAAUCAAGUUAUCUCCUAUAUUAAAUUGUAGUGAGAUGAUGCACUGACCUCUUAAUUUAACAGGUUAUCUUAAUCAUGCUGCCUAAGUAAAUGAAAAUAGAUGAGAUGUUGUUACAAAAUGGCAUGCAUAAGUAGUUAAUUGGUUUGUGCUAAAUUCAUGUGUGCACCGCUUGCUUCUUACAGCCACUAUUUUAGAACGGCUCAUCUGAAAAUUAAAUACCCCAAUUGCCUAAAUGUCAAUUGAAAUAGGUGUAAAUAACUUACUGAAUUUCUAUGGAGCCACUAAUUGAACAGCAAGGAAUCAACUCAUCAGUGAUGAGGUUUAGUAACUAAGAAUAUGAUCGCAACAGGUAAAAACUCUGUGUUAUGAGAUCAACACCAAAAAGACAAAGCUGUACUUCCGCACAGGUUCUUCACAGCAGUAAUGUUCUGUUAAUUUUAAACUAUUUACUUGACUUUUAUGCUACACAAAAUUAAAAUCCUAACCUAGAAUAUUAUUCUGAACCUCUUCUGCCAUGUUUCUGGAGAAAAUUAAUUCCUCUGGAGAUGGGCCACCAACAUAGGCUUAUGCUGUUCAGGGGUCAGCACAAGGCCUAUGUCUCUAUAAGCUUUGAUGAGGUCUUUUGUUGCUCAUCUAUAUGGAGGGAUUUCAUCUGCUUUGUGGGAGUGAUUUUUUAUUUUGGUAGGAGUAAUUAAAAUUAGUAACCGGUUUUGUCCGAAAUAAUAGGGGCAGGUUAUCACUUAUGGUGCUAGAAUUUUGCAUACUCUGUAGGCUUCAUAUGCCUCACAGAACUGCUUCCUUUAAUACACCAUGGAAAACAUUGGGAAAAACAGAAUACAGGUCAGGAACGAGAAAGGGACGGUUUAUUUAUACAACCUACUGAGUGAGCAGCCCACACUUGCUGUGCAUCUGUGCAUUGGCCAAGGUACAUAUAGAUGUAAGUUUCCUCAAAAUCCUUCUGAUCACAACAGGUUCAGCCUGUAAAUCGACAGGAAAUCUUGUUUCUCCUGCAUAUGCCAUCCCUCUGACUUUCUGUAUAGGCGAUAUUUACUUGUCUGAAGUUAUCAACAUGCAAAUCCUAAGCAGUGACACAUUAGCAUGAGCAUAGCAAUAUCUAAAUUGUGCUCUCAACAAGUUGUUGUCAAUUCUGUGUUUAAAUAAAUGGUUUUUAAACUUUGUAAAUUCUUUGAAGACACAUGGUACUAAUAUCACAAUUUGUACUGACUUCACAAACACCAGAAUUUCAUUCAGGAACAAGGUGUUAUAGCCCUGUCUCAGAUUUGACAUAAUUUUCAUUUAAAAGAAUGAAUUUCUGCUUUAGGGACAAAACUUAGUUGAGUCUUAACUAGAGAGCCAUGACCAAUAUUUAUGUAAUAUAAUGGGAACAAUAAUAAUAAUUUCAUGCCAUAAGCUUCCACAGAUAUCAUGAUCUGUUUUGUGCAAAACAAAAAAGUAUUUUUACUUUGCAUAAACUAUGCAAUUUUCUAAUAUCAACUGAUAUCCAGUGGUCACACAUGUUGAAUUAAUAUAAUAUAGUUGGCAACAUGAAACAGUUUUUCCAGCUGUAAAAUGUUCGGGUUAAUGAACUAACAUUAAUUAGACUUAAUCUUUUUAAUGUUGGAAAAAAAUUCAUUUUCAGACCGUUGCCUCAAAAAAGAAAAAUAACAAAUCCAGACUGAAACUCGAGCAAUGUGUUCGUUCUUUAGAGCUAAACUUAGUACUAGAGUAAUUCAGAGAGUGAUCAUGUAAAUAGUACUGGGUUAAAGGUUGGCAACUGCAUGCUGUUUCAUAGAAGCCAAUGGAAUUGUUCACAAGGGGAGGCAAUAUAGGCAAGGAUAAGUGCUCAGAGAAUCGAGCUCAGAGUUUAGUGGAUAUUGUACUUUCUUGUAGUUCUCACCGUGGAUCUCAAUGGAUGUGUUGUGGUUCAAAAUAAACACAAGUCAAUCCCUAAUAAA